AACUGUUUAAUAUUGUUAAAUAAACUAUUCGAAAAUAGGUUGAACAUCUAACAUAUUACUUGUUUUCUCUUGAUAAAUACUUCAUAAAAACCCCUCAUAAAUAAUGGAUGUAUCUACAAAGAAAUCUUAUAGUAUCGAAUCUUAUGUGCAAGAUCAUAUUAAACCAAUCGAAAGGGAUAUCAUUGGAAAAGACAAAAUUAAUUUAACAGAUAUCGCAACAAGUUUCAGCUAUCAUUUUCAAUCUAAAGAUUGCUUUGUUGGAAACGAAGAGAAUAUUGGUAAACAUCUACAAUCAAUUUUCUUUCGAAUAUUACAAAAUCGUAAACUUUAUGAGGAAAUUAAGAAGGAAGAUAUUCAAUUUGAUAAAUGGAAAAAAUUCUGUCAAGCUUACGAAUAUUUCCUUAAAUAUCGUAUUAAACUUGCCAAAUAUGAUUUUAAUACCAUAUUUAUUAAAAAACAAACAAAUGAUACAUUCCUUAAUUAUUUAAAACCUGAUAUUAUUGGAGAUAAACACUGGGAUAAAUUAGAAGUGUUAUUAUUGCAAAAGAUUAAUCCAAACUAUUCAAAAUUGUUCAAUUUUAUUGGUAUGAAUGCAAAGAUAUAUUUCGCAAUAGAAUAUCGAAUUAUGUACAUUUUAAGAAGAAUUUUAGAAGAUGCUCAAGUAAUUCCGCAAACUUAUAUUGAGUUUCAAGAUCAGUCCGAGUACGAUUAUCAUUUUAUCCUUUUAAAUCAUGAUUAUGAAAUUAGAUACGGAAAUGCAAAGACUGGUUUUUCCGUGGGGAAUAUAAGACCGCAUACCGCUUGUCUCGAUCCAACAACUCCAAAACAAUUUAUAAAAUUCAGUUCAUCAGGAGUAGUUGAUAGCAUCACUGAAGAAGAUAUGGCCUGCUUUAAGGUAUUAUUUGAGAAUGUUUCCAAACGAGUUUUUGGUAAAAAUCGUAAAUUUGCAACAAACAUACCUAUAUUCUACGCAAAGCAUCUGUUACUCAAAUAUCAUAGUUCUUCGGAGAAAAUUCAAGAGCAUUCGAAUCUUAUCUUUCGAACAACCUUGAUUAACGCCCUACGCUUAGGAGCAGCUUCUGAAGCUGAUUUUGCGAUAAACUUAAAAGGAAGAAAUCUAACUGAUGAAGAUGUUUUAAAGUUAGUUUACGGCCGUUAAAAAAGACACAAAUAACUAAUUUUCUUUGAAUGGCAUCAAUGUUGAAUAAUUAAUUAUAAAUGAUUAUAUAUAAACUGUAGCAAUUGCUUGCGUUCCGCAAAAGUUUACUGUAUUAUUAUAAUACAUCUUAUUAUCGGUAGUUCUAUAUUAUUUAGAUUAGAUUACUGAAAGAAAAGAAAUUACACAUUGUUCAGAGAUGGAUGCAAUAAAAGAGUCUUGAAUAAGAAGAAUACUAACUGUUCAAUAAUUUAAAAUGACUUUUAUAUUCUUAUAAUACAUUCUUUCAAUUUUCAAAAGUCUCUAUUAAACCUGAUCUUUGGAUAUUUGAUAUUUUUAUUUGUCUUCUUCGAUUCAUUUCCUCCUCCCUGUCUGACCCUUUCUCCAGG